CAAUCCCAGAAGUGGACAUCGUUCGUCUCAAUCCUCAUCCACUCCGUCGUCCACACCGAAAGGAUCUGUUUCCGGGGCGCAUAAUGAAGGAUCCCAAAGUGCAGAACUGAAAUAUUAUCCUUCGUCAGGAAUGUUUGAACCCGCCGAUGGCAGAACCGCUACCAACCAGCAGUCCAAGACAAAGAAAUCCAACAAAAAGGCGGGAUUCUCUUCGAUGCCAACCUCCAUAAACCGGCCAAGAGGUAGCGUCUUCAAACGCGCCAUCUUUUCUGUUGGCAUCCCAACCAGAGAGAGUCGACUCAUCACCGCGGCAGAAGCAGGCGACGUCGAGAGCGUGUCCGGCUUCCUGGCCGCAGGGGCGGACGUGAACUGGCGCAACGAACAUGGCGAGACCGCCCUUAUAUACGCAGCCUGGCGGGGACAUGAGGCGGUAGUGGCCACCCUCCUGCAUCAUCCCGCCACUCACGUCAACCUUCAGGAUAACGCGGGCUGGACUGCGUUGAUGUGGGCUUCGAAGGCAGGACACGAGGGCAUUGUCAGGCUUUUUCUGGUCCAUCCCGACUCUGAACCUGACCUGACCAACAAGCUAGGAGAAACAGCCCUCAUGAAGGCCGCAGUCCACGGCCAGACGCGGGUGGUGAAGCUGCUAGCAUCUUCCUACCGUACAACGAUCGACAAAAGACAUGUAGACGGAUCCACCGCGCUACUGUGGGCGGCAGCGGGAGGGUCCAUCCAAUGUGUCAGCAUCUUGCUGGAUGCCAAUGCUGACAUCGAUACUUGUGAUGCUGACGGCAUGGAUUCCCUGAUGUGGGCUGUCAGCGUCGGUCAUGCUGAUGUUGUGGAGCUCCUUAUUCAAAGAGGAUGCAAUUUGACCAAGAAAGACAAGGUUGGGCGCACCCCUCUUCUUAUGGCAGCAGAAGUUGGUCACGCAGAGGUGGCUAGUCUCCUCCUCAACCACGACGACACCGAUGUUAAUUGCUCGACGAAAGAUAAUAUAUCUGCCUUGAUGAGAGCAGCCUAUCGAGGGCAUUCUCCAUUAGUAAAUAUGCUCAUUAAAUGCAAAGACAUUAACAUAAACCAGCAAGACCUGCAAGGGAAAACGGCUCUCAUUCAUGCUGCCCGAUCGGGACAAGCAUUGUGUGUGUCGAUUUUGCUACAACACGCGACAAUUGAUUGUAACAUUCGCGAUAACGAUGGAUACACAGCUUUGGCAAUGUCGGCUAAGUUCGGUCAUGAUCAAACACUGGAUGCUCUUCUUAAGCACAAAGAUAUUAAUGUUCAACUACAGACGAAACAAGGUCUUACAGCUUUGAGCCUAGCUGCUAAGUCAGGGCACAAAUCGAGCGUGAAAACCUUAUUAGCUCACCCUGAUGUUCAGAUUAACGACAAAGACGGCCAACAUAUGACUGCACUGGCUUGGGCGGCCAAAGAAGGCUCGGUUUUGGUAGUUGAACUUCUACAGCAAUAUCAGACUCUGGAGCCAAACAUGGCAGAUAAUGAGGGCUUGACGGCUCUAAUGUGGGCUGCCCGACGAAACGAGCUGAUGGUUGUGCAGACACUUCUGCGAGAUCCGAGAGUCGAUCCUGUUGCUGAAGAUCUCUCUGGAAAAACGGCCUUAGACUAUGCCACGGAUAAUAAGUUUAUGGAAGUCGUCCAUUUUUUGAGAAGAUAUCAAGAUGCAUCAGCAAAUUGGGGGUCAAAGAAUAAUGUUUUCGAUCUAGGCAGAAGUGAUUCCGGCAGUGAUGUAGACGAUGACUUCCAGCCGGCCUCCGUUAUUGCAGCCGGGUUCAAUAAAACUUACGAUGAUGCAAAUUUGGAUACGAUUAGUGAUGUAGACAAGUACUUAGAAAAUGGGCCCUUCGUAAAUUGGCGCCCCAAGAGUGGAAAAACAUCAUUUUCAUGGGCUGUGGCUUGUGGACAAACUGAAGUUGUCAAAAUUUUUCUUUUGGUUCCAAACUUAGAUGUUAAUGAAGCUGAUUAUGAUGGGCUCACUCCCUUGAUGAUUGCGGCAAGCAACGGUCAUUUCGAAGUUGUAGGCUUGCUGCUCUCGCACGAAGCAACUGACGUGAAUCGAGGCAACAGAAGGAAGCAGACAGCACUGAUGCUGGCAACAAUAAACGGUCAUCUGAGAUCCCUGGCGGUACUCCUAGGAUGUCCCCACCUCGAUGUCAACCAGCAGGAUGACAGGGGAUACACUGCACUCAUCUACGCAGCUGAGAUAGGCAGCUAUGAGAUAACGAGAGAGCUCCUCCGACAUUCCUUCAUCAAGACUAACAUCAAGGCUGAGGAUGGAGGAACAGCACUUAUUUUUGCAGUAAAAGGUGGGAAUGAUGACGUGGCUGAACUCCUGUUGGAGCGAGCUGAUUGCGAAGUGAACGCAAUUGACUGUAGAGGAGAGUCUGCACUUCUGCUGGCUGCUGGCCACCAAGGAAGUAUGAAAAUCACCAAAAAGCUCUUGGAGCAUCCGGCAAUCAAUAUUAACCUACGAUCACCAGCAGGACAGGCAGCUCUUCUCCUUUCUGCAAGAAACGACCACAUGGAGUGCCUCAGACUGCUUUUGGAACAGCAAAAUAUCAACGUUAACUUACAGGAUGUUGGAGGCAUGACUGCCCUGAUGUUUGCUGCUGAACUUGGUCAUGAGGACAUGGUGAGAAUUUUGUUUUCUCAUCCUGCAACAGAUCCAAAUUUGCGGUGUAAAGAGAAUGGCAGCACAGCAUUGAUCCUAGCCGCGAGGAAUUGUCACACAAACAUAAUCGAAAUUCUCACUGCGAGACGCAACGUUAACGUCAACCUCGUGGAUGAUUUUGGUGCCAGUGCUCUCAACCAUUGUGUUCGUAGGAAUUCCCAAGACAUUCUCUGUAUUCUGCUGGAGCGACCCGACAUCGAUGUCAACAUUGCUGACGCCGAAGGCAAAACUCCGCUGUUAAGAGCCUGUGCUGACGGCCAUUUCGACCUCGCCAUGAUCCUGCUUGCCCGAAAUGACGUCGAUGUUAACCAUCAAACUCUGGAGGGCAAGACAGCUCUGAUGUAUGCUGCUCAGACGCCUGACGGUCUCGCUGCUCUCAGGCUCAUGCUCGCUAUAAAAACCGUUGAGGUAAACUUAGUGGAUGAACGUGGUUCUACAGCCCUGAUGCACGCCUGCAAGAACGGCAACGUUGAUGCCGUCGCGGCCAUCUUGGAAACUUGUUCGGUGAACCCAGUGACCCCUUAUAGGGAUGAUUUGCUGCUCAACAUCGCUGAUAAUCAAGGCUACACCCCGCUGAUGUGGGCCACACUGCUGGCCUUCUGCGACAUCGUCAGGCUCCUGCUGCAGGCCCGCGGCCUGGAGCCGAACUCCCUGACCCCGGACGGGCUCAGUGCCCUGGGGCUCGCCUGCGAGUGCGGUCACGUCGCUGUGGUGCAGGCGCUCACGUCGCACCCCGCGGUUGACGUGAACGCCGGCCGACGUGCUGGACGAGGAACACCCAUCGUCGCCGCUCUGGAGCGCUACCAGCACGAGUGCGUGUGCGUGUUGCUGCUGCACCCCAGCCUGUCCCUGGGGCUGUCCGGGGUGCGGGUGCCCUUCCUUCCCCCCGCCCUCAAGGCCUCGGUCGACCUCUGCAACCAGCCUUCCCAGACACGUGCCGCCCUGCUACUGAGCUCCAGUCCUCCUGGUCUGCUGCUGGACGGCGGCGUGGCGGGCGCUGAUGCUGCCGCUGCAGACAUGGGCUCUGCGCUCCUCAACCUGCCCAGACCGUUCCAGGUGGUGCAGCGAGGUCUGCGUGGCUGUAGCAGCGACCAGCUCAGCGACCAUCUGAUCCACUUCACCCACCGCGUCACUCACGACAGCGCCGUGCUGCUCUUCAUAACCGGCGAGGCUUUCCGCAGCAGCGAGGCAUCAGCGUUCAGCUCUGUAGUUUCAUCCGAGAUUCUGCACGGCGUGACGCUCCAGCAGCUACACCAGCGAGUGGCGCAAAAACUGCGACGGCGACGCGAAGUCGAAGAAAAAAUUCUGGCGCAGGCCACAAUCAUGAGUCUGGGCGAUGAAAAGUCAUUGCAGGUUAAAGAAACAACCACGAAAAUUAUGCAAAAAGGUGAGACUGUAAUUCCGGCAGUUGAUGCAAUGAAGCAAAAGCAAUUAGAAAAAGAGCCACAAGUUGACGCGUGUGUUUCAGAAGCCCCAUCACCUGAUAAUCCGCACAUGGAGAAACCUAAAUCGGAGAGUGCUGUUACAGAAUUACAUCAAGCGAGUAACUCAAAGACGUACAAGCCAGUGUACUGCAGCGAAGAUGAGUCUAUCGAACAUGAAUCAUUUGCGGAAAUUCGAGCUAAAUUUGACACAGCUCUUAAAAAGCUAUCACCCACCGAGCCUGAGGGACCGAACACAAAAAACGUGAAGUCCGUUGGUAAGUCCGACGACACUCGUGUGGACAACCACACAUUGAAUUCAAAUCCAGCACAUCAAUCAACGGUCGUCCAGCCUCCUCCAGAAGGUCAAAAUUCGUCUGAAAAGAAUAUUGAUCAUUCAAUUGUAGCAGAAAAUGCCAAUCCCAGGGCCAAAGACGGAGUUGGUUCUACUAAUUACGCAAAAAUGGAAGAAGAAGCUCGACUGGAAAGACGACGCUUGAAAGCCUAUCAAAAAUCUACUGUGUUGUUCGUGUCCAACAUUUCGGAAGAUUGGAGGUUUUAAACUUGCAUUCCAUAUAUAGCCGUUGACAAUACCAAGUUAGAUAGGUUUAUUCAAGUAGGUCCACUAUCUUAUUCAGUUGUUUUAAUGUUUCCUUAUUCUAAGCCCAAUGUAUAUGAAACUGUUUAAGCUUUGUAUACCACUCACAUUAGUAUAUUCUUUUUAUAGAACUCAAGGCAACGUGAGUAAGUUUGAAGAGGCUAUUGCAAAACCACUAGUUAUGAUUAUUAAAUAUAUAGAGUUUCUUUAAAUAAAUGUGUGUAUCCUUUGUAUC